ACCCAGAGCUGCCGAACAUCUCUAGUUUUUCACCUCUCUCUCUACAGGCCUUGAAUCCUCUCUCUCUCUCUUCCGAUCAUCUGACCUUAUAAUGCAGUAGAUUUAGAGCCCUGCAGUUCAUUAAAUUGUGUGCGCUCAGAAGUUUGAUAGAAACCCAUUUAGGUGGCGAUGGAGAUUAAUGGAGAGAUGGAACAGAGGCCUGUAAUUGAUGGCCCAACCAAUCCCGUGGUUUCUUCUCUUCUUAGUGAUAUGUAUCAGUUCACCAUGGCAUAUGCUUAUUGGAAAGCAGGAAAGCAUCUUGAAAGGGCCGUAUUUGAUUUAUUCUUUCGGAAGAACCCUUUUGGUGGAGAAUACACGGUCUUUGGUGGUCUAGGGGAAUGCAUCCAUUUCAUUGCCAAUUUCAAAAUUACAGAGGACGAGAUUUCCUUUUUACGCUCUACUUUGCCCUCUAGCUGUGAGGAUGGCUUUUUCGAUUAUCUUAGAGGGAUUGAUUGCUCAGAUGUUGAAGUAUAUGCUAUUAGUGAGGGGUCUGUUGUUUUUCCUAGAAUUCCCUUGAUGAGAGUCGAAGGACCAAUUGCUGUUGUGCAACUUUUGGAAACCCCAUUUCUGAAUCUGAUUAACUAUGCCUCUCUUGUUGCCACUAAUGCUGCAAGACAUCGCUUUGUUGCUGGGAAGUCCAAAACUCUACUUGAGUUUGGACUUAGAAGAGCUCAGGGGCCAGAUGGUGCAAUAAGUGCAUCAAAGUACUCCUAUAUAGGCGGUUUUGAUGCGACAAGCAAUGUCUUGGCUGGAAAGUUAUUUGGCAUACCACUUCGAGGAACGCAUUCUCAUGCAUUUGUCAGCUCCUUCAUGAGCCCAGAUGAGAUUACAGCUAAAACUCUUCCUCAUUCCAAUGGUUCAGAUUCUUGCGACGAUUUUGUCAGCCUGGUACAGACUUGGCUAAGCAAGCUUCAGAGCGUUGAGUCAUUUCGUGGGAGUUUUAGUGAGACCAGUCAAAGUGAGUUGGCAGCUUUCACCUCAUACGCACUCGCGUUUCCGAACAACUUCCUAGCCCUGGUGGACACUUAUGACGUUAUAAGGAGCGGACUCCCCAAUUUCUGUGCUGUGGCACUUGCACUUCAUGAUUUAGGGUAUAAAGCAAAUGGCAUCAGGUUAGAUUCUGGUGACCUAGCAUAUCUGUCAGUUGAGGCUCGGAAGUUCUUUUGUGCCAUUGAAAAGGAAUUUCAGAUUCCUAGCUUUGGAAGAAUGGCGAUUACUGCUAGCAAUGAUCUCAAUGAGGAAACAUUGGAUGCCCUAAACAAGCAGGGUCAUGAAGUGAAUGCAUUUGGUAUUGGCACGCAUCUUGUCACGUGCUAUGCUCAAGCAGCUCUUGGGUGUGUUUUCAAAUUGGUUGAGAUAAAUGACCAGCCUCGUAUUAAACUUUCUGAAGAUGUUACCAAGGUUUCAAUCCCUUGUAAAAAACGAUGUUACAGAUUGUAUGGUAGAGAGGGAUAUCCUUUAGUGGACAUAAUGACUGGGGAAAAUGAACCACCUCCAAAGGUUGCAGAACGAAUUCUUUGCAGACACCCAUUUAACGAAUCUAAACGAGCUUAUGUCGUUCCACAACAAGUUGAGGAACUUCUGAAGUGCUAUUGGCCUGGAAACUCAGGUAAAGAAAGAGAACCAUUACCAACACUCGAGAAAAUCAGGGAGAAAUGCAUAAACCAUUUGAAUCAGAUGCGGCCUGAUCACAUGAGGAGAUUAAACCCAACACCUUACAAGGUCUCUCUCCCCCUUUCUCUCUCUUUCUCUCUUUCUCUUGAACACAUGAGGAGAUUAAACCCAACACCUUACAAGGUAAGUGUUAGUGCACAGCUAUACGAUUUCAUUCAUUUGCUAUGGCUGAGCGAGGCACCAGUUGGGGAGUUGCAGUAAGGGUCCAGAGAGCUUCUCAACAAAAGCAGGAAGCAAAUGGAAUUUUUUUGACCCACACAUUGUUUGAUGGAUAGAGCUGUGGGUUCAAUGCAGGAAUCGGGUUGGUUAGUGUUUGUAAUUUUUAAAUCAUGGAAUAAGCUGUCGCUAUCGUUAUUGUGAGUCCCUGUGGUAUGUUAAACAAUAAGUAAACAGCAGAGGAUCAUGAUAUGCCCAAUUUUCAUAGUUGAACCUUCUAAUAGUUGAACAAGACUUAAUAUAAAUUGAUGAAUUUUGGAGAA